UCCUGUGCUACUGGCUAGUACUGCUAUAGUGUGAGCUACGAUUGGGGAGCGGCAACCACACCAACCCCAUCUCCAUCUCCCUCCCAGACCGACCUCCCACCGCCGCUUUUGCCCUUCCCUCUCCAAUCGUCCAUCGCUCACUCUCCUCAGGUCUCAUCUCUCUCUCUCUCUCUCUCCACCUGGUACUUUUGCUGGAAUCGAUGGCUUACAUAUGUUUUUAGAGGAUUUUAGGGAUAGAUAUAAGCAUGCUUGUUGCAGGCCAAAUCUUUCUUCAUUUUUGGAAUUAAUACUGCACCUGAACUUUUUUUGGAUAAAAAAGAAAGUGUAUCAGCUUUGAAUGAAGCCUACUAGUUCUUUAUGAGUAGUGUGUGGUCAUUUUCCCCUGGUUAAAUUGUGGGAUGGAUGUUUGCUUCAAAGAAAUAAAAGAAAUUGUGGGAUGGACCUGAUGGUUCAAGGCUAAUUUUGUUUUGACACUUCAUUUCUUAGGUUUUUGGUGUGUUUGUGUUCAAGAUUGAAUAGGACAAGACAUAGGGGUUAGCUCUCAAUUUAAAUGCCCAAGUUAAAAAGAUUGUAAUAAUUGUCAAAAAAAUUUGCAUGGAAUGCUUCCUUCUCUAGAAAGUAGGAAGUCUGACGGUCUGACCCCCCAAAAAAAGGUCAGUUUGUCCUCUUCUGUUUUUAUGAUAAUUACUUUCCUAAUUUCCCAGCUGACAGAAGGGUGUUGCUUGCAAGAAAUAGUUGUUUACAGAAUUAUGUAGUCAAUAGAGUUCAUAUAUAACUUCCAGUACCAAAAUUGCGUGAUUGUGCUAAUCAAAAUGCAGAAUUGGAUAUGAGUAAUCAAUCAGAAAAAGUGCGAGUGAUAUGCUAGUGGCCUAAUGUCACUGAAUUUUCAGAAGACCAAGACAGCACAAAUGGGUGUUGUCGGAUGGCUUACGAAAAAUUCCUUAGGUGCAAGAUUAUACUGAAUUAAUUGCAAGUAGCUUAGAGUCGUCGGUUUUCUUCCAACAAAAUUGCUGAAGAAGCCAGAGGCUCAAAUGGAGGCAUCUGAUGAGGACAGGCCACUGAUUCAUCACCUGCCUCCACAGGAACAAUGUUCAAAAUACACAUGCGAUGGAACGGUUAAUAUUGACAGUAAGCCCGCGCUGAAGCAGAGUACGGGGAAUUGGAGAGCAUGUUUCUUCAUUUUAGGUGUUGAAUUCACUGAAUGCAUCUGCUUCUACGGGGUUUCAAAGAACUUAGUCACAUACCUCACAAGUGUGCUCCAUGAAAGCAACGUCAAUGCUGCACAAAGUGUGUCGAUCUGGAUCGGCAGUUGCUUCUUCACACCACUCAUUGGAGCCUUCUUGGCUGACACAUAUUGGGGAAGAUACUGGACAGUAGUAAUGUCCAUCCUUGUUAUCAUCCUUGGAAUGAUCGUUCUGACGGUUUCGGCAUCACCAUUGUUCCUGAAUGCUUCUUUCUACAAUGGGGGUAUUUCUCGUCUAACUGUCUACCUAGGGCUCUACCUUUUUGCCCUUGGAACUGGAGGUAUAAAGCCAAACAUUCCGGCCUUCGGAGCUGAUCAAUUCGACGGCGCCGACCCGGUGGAGCGGGUGACAAAGGGCUCAUUCUUCAACUGGUACUACUUCUCAAUCAACGUGGGCUCGCUGCUGUCGUCCACCGUGGUUGUCUGGGUUCAGGACAACAUAGGGUGGAGUGUCGGUUUUGCUGGCCCAAUGCUACUCUUGGGGUUCGGCCUCGCCAUGUUCAUCGCCGGUAGGAGGGCGUACAGGUACAAGAAACUGGGAGGGAGCCCUCUGACAAGGGUCUUUCAGGUGCUGGUUGCAGCUGUAAGAAAUCAUAGGCUGAACUUGCCUGAUGAUAGCUCACUCCUGCAUGAGCUUCCAGGAGUGACUGAAGGUGACUACAGAACUCAACAUACCUAUCAAUUCAGGUUUUUGGACAAGGCUGCCAUCUUGUCGGACAAGAACUGCGCGCCGGCGGCGCCGUCGAGCCCAUGGAGGCUGUGCACCGUGUCGCAGGUGGAGGAGCUCAAGAUGCUGCUGCGGACGUUCCCGGUCUGGGCGUCGCUGGUCGGCUUCUUCAUGGUGACCGCGCAGAUGACGUCGACCCUGAUCGAGCAGGGCGUCGCCAUGGACGGCCGCGUCGGCCGCUUCACCGUGCCGCCGGCCUCGCUCGCCACCUUCGACGUCGUCGCCGUCCUCGCCCUGAUCCCGGUCUACGACGCCGCGCUGGUGCCGCUGGCGCGGCGCGUCACCGGCAGGGACAGGGGCGUCUCGCACAUGCAGCGCAUCGGCGUCGGCCUCGCGCUGUCCGCGGUGGCCAUGGCGUACUCGGCGCUGGUCGAGGCGCGGCGUCUGGCGAUGGCGGCGGCGGCGGCGGGGACGCGGAUGAGCAUCGCGUGGCAGGUGCCGUCCUUCUUCGUGCUGGGCGCCGGGGAGGUGUUCGCCGUCAUCGGCAUGCUGGAGUUCUGCUACGAGCAGUCGCCGGCGUCGAUGAAGAGCCUCGGCACGGCGCUCGUGCAGCUCGCCGUCGCCGUCGCCAACUACCUCAACUCCGGCAUGCUCAGGGUGGUGGCGGCGGCCACGGCGCGCGGCGGCGGCGCCGGGUGGAUCCCGGACAAGCUCGACGAGGGCCAUCUGGACUACUUCUUCUGGAUGAUGGCUGCACUCAGCGUGCUCAACCUGCUGCAGUUCCUGCACUGCUCAAUCAGAUUCAGAGGCAACAACACACUGUCAUCAUCGUGACGUACUCCAUUCUUCCGUCUCAAGGGCUCAUGCCCUGCGUAUAUACUCCUGCAAAUGUGUUCUCAUUUCUUGUUCUGUCUCCAGGAUUGAGAAAACGGAGUAACAGGAAGCCCCGGAUUUUAUUUUAACAGAAAUGUAAGUGCAAAACAAAUAAUUUUAUAAUAUAAGAGUAACACAAGAAUGAUCGAUUAACUAGACUAAA